CUUUCCCUUUAAAUCUACAGAGUGUGGUUCACUUUUUGGCAGGAAGUCAGUCUACGCUCACCGGAAGCCAAAUAACGUAGCCACUGUGAGAUCCUGCAAGUGGCAGGCAGCGACGAGUUCCAACUCACCACCAGCACGCCUAGACGAGUGCAGCAUCUGAAAAUCAUCGCCCGUGUAUGACCACACGACAAAAGCAGCCAUGUCUUCAGCAGUGGACCUCAAGACCAAAGAGGAGAAGGACGCAGAGUUGGACCGAAAGAUCGAAGCGCUGAGAAAGAAAAACGAAGCGCUGGUCAAGCGCUAUCAGGAAAUAGAAGAAGACAAAAAGAGAGCAGAGCAGGAGGGCAUCGCCAUCACCACGCCGCGGAAGCCCCGCGCCCAUGAGCCGGCGCAUUCGGAGCGCAGGAGGACCGAGAAGGAAAACUUCACCAUCACUGUGGACCUGUCCAAGUCGCCGGCCGAGGGGGAUAAGCGGGCCGUUGACGACUGGAAACCGGUCGCGCCCCGCGGCCGCAGAGCCUCGGAAGAGGGCGACGCCCCCAGGAGGCCCAGCGACGGCCGCAGUCCCCCGAGGAGGACGGGCUCCGGUCGGGUGGCGAGGGGGGGGACCCCCGGAGGGGGAGGAGGGGCCCGGCAGGAGAGGAGAGUGCGGGAGACGCGCAACCCCAGAGAUGGAGAGCAAAGUGAUGCGGGAGGACGGAGAGGGGGGAGGAGAGGGAGGGGGGGACCGGGACCGGGACCAGGACCAGGAGGAAGCGGUGGACCGGGCGGAGGAGGAGACGCAGGGGGGACACCAAGUGGUGUGGACAGGAAGUCCAAGGAAUGGGAGGAGAAAAGGCGGCAAAACAUUGAGAAGAUGAACCAAGAGAUGGAGAGAAUCGCAGAGUACGAGAGAGGACAGCGGGCGGAUGGCGACAAGCCCCUCCGCAACUUCCUGGACGACCCGCGUCGCUCGGGGCCGUCCCCCGACGUGGACCGCAAGGAGGGCAGCCGGAGGCACGCGCGCAACUGGGGCGGCCUGGACUUCGACAACGUCAAGACGGGCGGCGAUCCCGAGAGAGAGUGGACUAGUCGUCGUCCCGGCCCCAAAGGCUCGAUGGACAUGACCAUGUCCAUGACGGGCCGCGAGCGGGCCGAAUACCUGCGCUGGAAGAAGGAGCGCGAGCAGAUUGACGAGGAGCGACUGGCGCGCCAUCGCAACGCCACCGGCCAGUGGAGGCGGGAGUGGGAUGCCCAGAAGACGGACGGCAUGUUCAGGGAGGAAGCAAAUGCGGCGGCGGUGGGCAGCACGCCAGAGCAAGGUGGCAGGAGAGAUGAUGGGAAGCGACCCCCCAAAGUGCCCACAUUUGGCGACUUCCUGUCCCAGGGCAGGUCUCAGGGUUUCCGGGGGGAGCGGAGUCGAGGGAAGGGCCAAGGAGGGAAGCCCAGCUACAGUAUGCACGACAACCGCUGGGAAAGCGAGAAAGACGACGUGGAGAGGGAGAAAAAAGACAAACCCAAGCGAGAGAAGAAGUCCACGCCUGAGCCGGCACAAAAGGCGGAGCCGGCCGCAGAAGACGAGCAAGACGACGACCAGUGGGAAGACGCCAGCGAGGGCGAGGAGGAAGUCUCGGACGAAGACGCCGGGAAAGAGGAACCCGGCGAAGGCCGAGGCUCGCCGACGCCCCCUCCGUCGUCGGCCAGAAGCCCCCGGGAGCGCCGUACCCCGAGACCCAAGGUCCGCAUCCCUUCGCCACAGGCGACCUUGCAGAAUCUCCCGGAGGCCGGGAAGCCCGUCAGCCCCUUUCAGGUGCUGGACGGACACCGGCCGGUGUCGGAUUGGGGGGAGGAGAUGGAGAUGCUGUCGCCGCGGACCAGCGUGGGAGGGGAGAGCCCCCUGAAACCACCGAGUGCUGAGAGCAGCCCCCCGCAAAAAAAGGAGCAGGAGACCGCUCAACCCGCUGAGGACCACGCAGCAUUACAAUCGCCUCCAGAAAACGCAGAAGUCCAGCUGGUUGUCCCGCCAUCAGAACCCGAACUUGCGCCGGCCGACGUCGCGAAAUGCGCUCAUGACGGGGCUGACACCCCCUCGCAAGACGAAGCGGACAGUUCGCCGGCCGCCGUCCCAGUGAGCGAACCCGCCGAAGCAGAAACCAAAACCAACGCAGAAGGGGAGGAAAACGCCGAAGACGAGAGUGACGACCGUAAAGGCGACGGGAAAACUGACGUGGUUGCCACGUCGGAAUCGGAGGCGUCCCCCGUGCAGCCCACCUCGGACUGACGAUGACAUCGCUGGAGUGAUGUCACACGUCGUCCCCCCCCCCUCCAAAAAAAAAAUGGAGGUGGGAGGGGCCUCAUAGCCAUGGAAAAAAAACAAAAAGCCACUUCAGGAAAUGGAGCUGCUGGAAUCAGCUGAAGCCACGCCCCUUGAGCUCAGCCAAUCAUGAGGCACGAGAGGCCAGUCGCUCUGCAGUUAUUCGUUGCCGUAAACUUCACUUAUUUCAAGACAUUUUUAUACCAUUUUUUUUAUUGCUAUUAAGCAAUUAUUACGACCAACUGCCCAAUGUAUGACCGCCACGUAAUCAUUCUUGAAUUAAAAACAAGACUGUUAGAUCAG